GGAUGCAAAUGUAGGUGGUGGGCUAGAGGGAAAUUUCGGAGCGGGUCGGGAUUCGCACGAGCUGAUUUUCUCUUAUUAAUCAUUUGUGUUAACCGGGUCCAAUCUCGAGUUUGGCUCGGGCGUCUCCAAUUUGUCGCUCGUAACGCCUUACUUACAAGUUACAACCCCGGUGGCCAGCCGUCGUCGUCCAACUCUUCUCGCGCCGCUCGAGUCAACCAUCCAUCGACGGAGGAGCCUUCCUUCUCUUUUUAUUAGGGUUUACGUUCUCGCCAUGAUCCGUCCUCUCCUCCGAAGAAAACCCUCGACGUUGUCCCUCCCGAUUCCGAACGCUAGAGCCCUCCCGUACCUCCCCCCCACAGUCCCCCCGGUCCAUGGCUGCGGGGCUGCAGCUGCAAGUCCCCCGCAGCCGCAGCAGCAGCAGCAGCAGCAGCCGUACUCCAGCAAGUCCUCCAAAUUCCCCGAGUACGAGAUGCCGUCGGUGACGUGGGGCGCGAUCCAGGGCCGCAAGGAGCGGCUGGUGUCUCGCGUGGUCAUCUCCGACUACCUCAAGUCCCUGGGCGUCGUCCCCGACGAGCUGGAGGCCGUGGAGCUCCCCUCCACCGUGGACGUCAUGCGCGAGCGCGUGGAGUUCCUGCAGCGCCUCGGCCUCACCGUCGACGACCUCAACGCCUACCCGCUGGCCCUCGCCUGCUCCGUCCGCAAGAACGUGGUGCCCGUCCUCGGCUACCUGGAGAAGCUCGGCGUCCCCCGCGCCCGCCUCGCGGACUUGCUCCGCGCCUACCCCCAGGUCCUCCACGCCAGCGUCAUCGCCGACCUCGCCCCCGUCGUCAAGUCCCUCCGCGGCCUCGACGUCGAGCGCCAGGACGUCCCCUACGUCCUCCAGCGCUACCCCGAGCUCCUCGGCUUCAAGCCCGAGGGCACCAUGAGCACCUCCGUCGCCUACCUCGUCGGCGUCGGCGUCCGCCCCCGCGACAUCGGCCCCAUGGUCACGCAGUACCCCUUCUUCCUCGGCAUGCGCGUCGGCACCGCCCUCAAGCCCCUCGUCGACUACCUCGACUCCCUCGGCCUCCCCAAGCGGAUCCUCGCCCGGAUCAUCGAGAAGCGGGCCUACGUCCUCGGCUACGACCUCGAGGAGACCGUCAAGCCCAACGUCCAAGCGCUUCUCAGCUUCGGGGUGCGCAAAGAGGCCCUCCCCUCGGUCAUCGCGCAGUUCCCGCAGAUUCUAGGCCUUCCGCUCAAGGCGAAGCUCUCCGCCCAGCAGUAUUUCUUCAGCCUUAAGCUGAAGAUCGAUCCGGACGGGUUCGCCCGUGCUCUUGAGAAGAUGCCCCAGAUCGUCAGCCUCAGCCAAAACGUGAUCUUGAAGCCGGUCGAGUUCCUGCGAGGCCGCGCCAUGCCCGACGACGCGGUGGCAAAGAUGGUGGUGAAGUGCCCUCAGUUGUUGGCCCUCAGAAUUGAGCUUAUGAAGAACAGCUACUACUACUUUAAGAGCGAGAUGAAGCGGCCUGUGCAUGAGCUGUUUGAAUUCCCGGAGUAUUUUACGUACAGUUUGGAGUCCCGGAUCAAGCCGAGGUACCAAAGAGUAGCGGUGAAGGGGAUCCGCUGCAGCCUUGACUGGUUUUUGAAUUGUAGCGACCAGAGGUUUGAGGAGAGGUUGCAGGGCGAUUACAUCGAGGGAGAUGCGCCAGGGCCUUCUUUUAUAAUGGGUGGUAAGCUGGAAAUGCCAGGUAGUCUCUUGGCGUCUGAUGAUGAUGAGGAGAGUGAUGAUGAGAUUCUCUACAGGCGAACUGUCUCACUCUAAACUGGCUGUCAAAUGUAAGAUUAAGCUGCCAUCUUUCUUGACGGGCUCGCACUGGCAUUGGCGAAGCUUAGUGAACAGGUAGAACACAUGCGUAAAGAGAGAGAGAGAGAGAGAGCUUGGAAGGAAGCGCCAUCUUAUUCAUGUCAUUGGCUUGGUUCAUAUGGAAUGUGUGAAAUGAUUUCAUGAGCUGAACGGAGCCACACGAAGGAAAGGAGAAGGUUAGAGAGGGAGAGGGUAGUUCACCAAGAAGUAUGUGAAAUAUGGUAUGCUGAGUGCUGCAUAGUGUAAAAUUGCAAGGGAGCAGGAUGCUCUUGUAUCCUCACUCUAAGUUUUGGGUUAUUGUUAAUGUAACAGUAAGGGGCAUUUCAGUUUUGGGUUACUACGGAGCAUUUCAGUCUUCGGCCACUGUUAACUUAAGGGGCCUGAGAUGGCCUAUAAGUUUGUAGAUACUACUGAUUAGCUAAUUAUUCUAUCAGCUAUAGUGGAACUUUAUGGUUAUUUCGGCAUAUGAUAUUUUGGGUUCAUAAGGUGGUCUCUGUAAGUAGAGGACCUUUGUAAUUUUGAGUGGUAACAUCACGCAUUUCUUGCACUACAACGUGAUCACUGAUUAUAGUAGUAAUACAUCAGAUGGUGAUAAUUGAAGAGAUUAUUUUCUGUUUUUUUCCCUUCA